UUUGAGAAGAAAGCGAGCACUGUUGUCUUCAUUGGCCAAGGGUCAUAACAUAACAACAUGAAUUAUUUCCAGUGAUCGAGAGCGAAUACGAGGUCUCUUUGGUGGAGGCAUGAAUUGUAUGCACAGGCAAACAGUGGACCAGCUGUCAUCAUUUUUUCCUUCUAAGAGAGAUAAAUACGAUAAAGAAAAGGAUCAUUUAAGAAUGCAGAGAAAUGGUGUUAUGCUUCAGCCCCUGAAUUUCCCGGCAACUCAGUCGAUACUGUGGAACAGAACUGCUCUAGGAGACACUGAAAUUCUCCAUCUCACAACUAAAAGGAAUGUGAGGCUGUACAUCAAUGAGAAGACUCUGCAUUUGGCUCGCAGACAUGCUAAUCAGACAAAAUCUUCCAAUGAAUGUUUCCUUGUUGGAAGCAUCUCUGUUGACUCAAAAGAGGACAGUAUUAAUGUAACAGUGGACAGAUUUGAUCCAGGCAGAGAAGUUGUGGUCAAACAGGGUACUGGAAAAGUCAAAAGGAAAGUUCCCACUACAGUUGUUCCUGGAGACCACAUUGUGCCUAUAACUUUAAUCCAAGGUCUGAGUGGUGCUGAGAACUCUGUAACACACACAGUUGAAGAAUUUCAGAGAGCAUUUCAGGUCCAGUUUAGUAGGAUUAGCAGCCAAGAAACUGUGAAUCUGUCACACCUUGUGAGCUUGAAGGUCUGCUGUCACUCACAUGGGGAUACUGAUGAGAUCAUAUUCAAUGUUAACUGUGGUGUUAUUACCAUGGGAACAAGACUGUGUGCCACACCUGUAGCAGCUGUACCCAUCAUUCCAACAGCACUGGCCAGAAAUUUGUCAGGUCCACUAAGACUUAGUGAGGUUCAAGGUAUACCAAAAUAUGGAUAUUUGACUAUGGAUCACACAAGGAAAUUACUAUUGCUGCUCGAAUCAGAUCCAAAGGCAGUUUCUUUACCACUUCUUGGAAUUUGGGUCAGUGGAAUUUACAACAUUCAUCAUCCUUUUAUAUGGGCCUGCUGUCUGCGGUUUCUCCACUCAGCAGCUCUUCAGCAAAGGGUGUUUGCUCCUCCAAACUCCUUUCUACUUCUGUUAUAUUCCCCUGUGAAGAGUACACCAGAAUUCUGGGAAUGCCGACAAGAUCAGGGAAGACCUGAAGUGAAAAUGUUUGAGUACCAUAGUUGUUACGAAAACUUGCACUUGGAAACACCACUUGGUUCCAGUUCUACUGAGCCAUUGUGCUUUGAGCUGUUUCCAGCUCCUGAGGGAAUGGGAAGAAGUCAUUUUGAGCAAGCCAUGCAGAACUGGGAGAAAGAACAAAGAACAACAAGGUUAGGUGAAGAUGAAGAUCUUUCUCCCAGGAACCAACCACUCCCUCUAAUGAGAGAAGAACCUGAGGAAGAGGAAUUCACUCCAGUUCCCAGGCCCUCUCCUUCUCCUCAUCCUCAAAACUUACAGCGUGUAGCCAAGACAUCUCUAUCUCUCAGCUUUGAUGAGGAAGCAACAGCUGACACCUCAGAACAGGGCUUUGCUAAUCAGAAAAUCCUACCCAAUCCAAAACAACGUGUGCAGGGUUCAAAAUUGCAGAGCCCACAAGACCAAGAAAAUGAUCAUACAAGAAGUAUCAGUUCUGUAGGUUUAGUAAAAGGGAAAAAAUUGGCGGCCAAGAACAGCAGAGAAGUUAAUUCGCCAUCAAGAGAACCAUUGAGGCCAAUCUUAGCUCAAAAUCAUACUCACUCAAGGGUUAUGAUGACAAAACAAACUCAUCCAUCAUUACCUCAGAAAAGACAUUUAUCAAAAGGCUUGGUUCAAUCAGUUUCCACACAGGGAGUAACUAGUGCAUUACAUCAUAAAAAUCAGAGACCUCAGCAUGCUCUUGCAGAAGUCACCUCUGCUAAGUCUAAAAGAGAUGGAAAACAGGUAUUCUUAGAGCAAGUGAAUGUUGUUCAUGGAACUGAAGUGGGGAAAGAUAAUCAUCGACAGAACACAAAUCCAGUCAUGGUAGCCAAACCUCAAGGCUCAAAAAUUGCAGACCAUGAAAAAUUGCACAGUUUUACAGGACAGGGUGAGGUUUCCUCAAAGCACAAAGUUGAUGGAAACAAAGGGAAACUGUUUGAUCAGAGACAGUCUAUUAGAUCAGCAGAUAACAGUAACAAUCCAAAAUUAGUAAACCUAAUUCUAAAGUCUUGUUUGGAGACAGUUUUUGAAGGAGAAACGCCAGAUGGGACUUUAAAUCAAAGCAAAGAUGAAACACAACAAGAACUUCAAAUUAUUGAGGAAAACUUCCCCACAAAUAAUGAAUUGUGUAAGGAAGAAAAUGCUGGUGUCAUCUUGGAUCAAGAUGAAGAAACAGUGCAAGGAAAUGUUCAAGAACUAAGAAGUAGUCAAGAAAAAGGAUUUUAUGUUCAUUCUCCAGACAGCAGAGAACACAUUUUUGAAGAGUUUACUUCAGGUUCUGUGGUGAGUGAGAAUGUGCCACUGCAAUCUCAGGAGAAAGAAAGGCUGACACCAAAAGCUAAUGAAGAGGAUAAUGACAUCCAAAAGCAUCAACAAUUAUUUCAGGACGAUGCACAGGUUGCACAAAAUGUUACUGCAAUGACAAGAAAGGAGAGUGUCACAUCAGCGGAAGGGUCAACCCUUCCUGAUCCUUACCAGCUUCUUAUGAGACAAGAAGCUCAGCUAAGAGAACUUCAAGAACAGAUCAAACUACUUCUACAGCAGCAAAAUGCUCAGCUUCUUCCCACUCCCAACCCACUCUUAACUCCUCCCAGAUCUCCUCACCUAGAAAGUUGCCAUGGCAAUGACAGGUCACCUAAUUCCUCCCCCAUCUCUAUGGUUACAGCAUGUACCAACACAGGAGCUAGUCUGCUAUUUGGAACACCUUUAAAGUUUAUUGGCAAAAGAUCAGCUGCUACAUCACCAAUUAAGGAAAAGGACUUGAAUCUGAGUAGAAGAACUAUGUCUUCAUCAAGUCAAAUUGCAAGUGAAAUGAGCUCACAGACAGAUCAGAUUAACUCUAAGCAGUCACACCAGUCUAACUUACCUGCCAAUCCUGAUGAAUUAGCCAAUCAGGUGAUAGAGAUUGAUGACCCUAGUCAAACAUUAGCCUCUUCUCUUCAAGCUGUGGAUAUCCCAAGCUUUGUUGAUAGUCCCUCAGGUGUGACUAGCCCCAGUUCUAAUGAUAGGGCUGAAGGAGGAGGCAUGGAAACAAAUUUCACUAGCCCUGUAUUGGGUGAAAGUGCAAGUAUUCUAAUAGAACAGAGACAGAAAGAAUAUAUAUCACGAUCAAAAGAUCAGGAACUAGUUGGGGGAAAUGGUGAAUCCAAUCAUGAUGGCCUGUUACAAAUAAAUGAACGCCAGUUCUAUGACAACUUAUUGGACCAAGUCAAGAACAUUCUUGACCAUCAAGUUCAAGAACACCACACAUCAGAAGACUCUCCUAAGAAAUCUGUUCUCAAAGAACCAGCCACACCCUAUUAUGCCACCCGAGAGGAAGUUGUUAUGGCAACAAUGGGGGAGUUGGAAAAGUUAAAGGACUCACCUCCUGGAGCUAAAGAUGAACUUACCAAGAACCAUGUAAGCUCUCUCCCCAAACAAUGGCCAUUCCACAGAUCAGCAUCACUGAGCAACAUACCAGAUCAACCACACAUUAGCUACUUUUCACUGUCAGUUGACGACACUCUCGAUGAAGUUUUUAGUGAAGCAGACUUCAAAUACCUCACUGACGAUCAACAGCAUGAGCUUCAACAAAUCAACAGUUGUGGAAAAAGCCACAGCCGCCACAGGGCUUUUACUUUUGACAAUGAUAUUUCUCAAUCUCCCAUGGACUAUACAUGGAAUAACUUAUCCAUGGCUACCCAGCAGUACCUAGGAAAGUACUGCCUAGCUCCACAACAUCCUACAAUUUCUAAAGGUCAACAUGGACCAACUAUGGCUAGGAAAUCAAAAAGAACCUCUGCUUGUGAUUCUGAACUAUUCAACUCUGAAACAUUCCAAGGUUGUGAAGCACCACCUCCUACUCCAGAGCCUGCCUCCAAAGAUGAAAAUACUUCAAAUAUUUUGGACAUAACCAGACUGAAACAGCUUCCUAAGUUAAUUUGA